GGGAUUCAGGCUGCACACAGGAGGAUGUCUCUGCACAGAAAUAACCAGCUAAGAGAAAUGGGAGCACAGAGGAGAGCAGCUUCUUCCAGUAACAGCAGAAAGCUUCUUCAGCAGCAGUACCAGGAAGAAGGCUCCACUAUCACCAUCAUCACUUAAGCCUGCUGCUUCCCAUGGACUAAGAAUGACAUAGCCUGGAAUGUGACAGAAGGAUCUUUGCUGUGCUCAGGGUGAGACCAGGAGUUCAGUUCUACAGAAGCUUUGCCGCAUUGACAAUUCCUCCUGCAAUCCACUCUUCCCACAUUCACACUUUGUGUUGCCAUGAAGACUGCUGCUCAGCUAUAAGCAUCAUUAGACUUACUAUGUUUCCCCUGCAAAGAGAAUGCUGCUAAGGAUUCUGCACUUGUCGUUAUUAUCCCUAGAAUUAUUACCAGCCUUGCAGGAACCAAUAGGAAACUUUACAGGCUGCUAUAUUUCUUGCAUAGUCUUGUGAUAUGUGCAUGCGUCUUCUGCUGCACUUCCAUGGUGGAAAAUCUUUUAUCGCAAUUCCUAUGCUGGGUCUACAAUGUUUCUGUCCCUCUUCUGUGCUAUUAGUGAAGUACAGUACUAUGAUGUGAGUUGUCUGUUUUCUGUGAGUCAAUAAUUCAUAUCAUUGGAAGACCUGCCAUGCACGAUUAAGACACAUAUGCUUGGGUGGCAACCAUCCCCUAUGGAAUAGUCCUUUGCUUCAGACCAUCAUCUGGGGAAAAGAUAUCUUGCUCUGUGCAUGCUGGAAGGUCCAGAUUGUUGCCCGGUUUGUAAACUUUCAUUGUAUUGCAUGGAGAACAUGCUGAGGAUGCAGAUGGUCCUCCACAAAUGUUUCUCCAGCUCCUGCUCAGUGCACAGUGAUUGGCUGGACAGCUUUGGAUUCAAGAUCUGAAAUCACUUCAGUGUCAGAUGGUGUUAGUCCCACUGUUAGUGUCAAGGGAGUUUUAUCUGUCACUGGUCUAUUUGAUACUGAAUAUCUCUUGUUGGAAUUAAACAUUUUUUUCAUAUGGUCACAGGGAUGUUUACUUGUUUCCAAACCAGCCUAGACAUUGGCCAACCAUUCAGAAACAAGACCUGCUCAAGGGGAAACUGAGGAUCCAAGACUGAGAAGGUUGAUGGCUUCUCUUAGGAGAGUUAAAAUCUUGUUGGUGUUGAACCUGAUUGCAGUUGCUGGAUUUGUUCUGUUUUUGGCCAAGUGUAGACCAAUUACUGUAAAAGGUGGAGAGUCCUUCCAUGAGAUCCAUCCAAGGGCAGAGGUGACAAACCUGUCCACCCAUGGAGUCAGCCCUAUCCAGGAGGCAGUGCUGAAAAGGCUUUCCCUUUUAGAGGACAUAGUCUACAGACAGCUCAAUGGUUUAUCAAAAUCACUUGGGCUUAUUGAAGGGUACGGUGGCCGGGGGAAAGGUGGGCUUCCAGCUACACUUAAUCCUGAAGAAGAAGAGAAAGCCAAAGGGCCACAUGAAAAAUAUGGCUACAAUUCCUACCUCAGUGAGAAAAUUUCACUGGAUCGGGCUAUACCAGACUAUAGACCAACUAAGUGCAAGAAAUUAAAAUACCCUAAGGAACUUCCUCAGAUUUCAAUCAUUUUCAUCUUCGUAAAUGAAGCCUUGUCAGUGAUCCUUCGAUCAGUACACAGCGCAGUGAAUCAUACACCUGUCCAUCUUCUAAAGGAAAUUAUCCUCGUGGAUGACAACAGUGAUGAAGAGGAGCUGAAAGGACCUUUAGAAGAAUAUGUCCAUAAGCGAUAUCCUGGUCUUGUUAAAGUCGUCCGUAACCACAAAAGAGAAGGAUUGAUUCGCGCUCGGAUAGAAGGCUGGAAAGUUGCGACUGGGCAAAUCACUGGAUUUUUCGAUGCACAUGUUGAAUUUACAGCUGGCUGGGCUGAGCCAGUUUUGUCUCGAAUUCAAGAAAACCGAAAGAGAGUAAUUUUGCCUUCAAUAGACAAUAUUAAGCAAGACACAUUUGAAGUUCAGAGAUAUGAAAAUUCAGCACAUGGAUACAGUUGGGAACUCUGGUGCAUGUAUAUAAGUCCUCCAAAAGACUGGUGGGAUGCAGGGGAUCCAUCUUUACCAAUAAGAACUCCUGCCAUGAUUGGCUGCUCCUUUGUUGUUAACAGACAAUUCUUUGGGGAGAUUGGUCUACUGGAUCCAGGAAUGGACGUGUAUGGAGGAGAAAACAUUGAACUUGGUAUAAAGGUGUGGCUGUGUGGUGGAAGUAUGGAAGUCCUCCCGUGUUCAAGAGUGGCACACAUAGAACGCAAAAGAAAGCCAUAUAACAAUAAUAUUGAUUUCUACACAAAGAGAAAUGCUUUACGGGUAGCUGAAGUUUGGAUGGAUGACUACAAAUCACAUGUUUACAUUGCAUGGAAUUUACCAUUAGAGAACCCAGGAAUUGACAUUGGUGACAUAUCAGAAAGAAUCGCUUUAAGGAAAAGCUUGAAGUGCAAAAACUUUCAGUGGUACUUGGAUAAUGUUUAUCCAGAAAUGAGAAGAUACAAUAAUACUGUUGCUUAUGGAGAGUUACGGAACAACAAAGCUAAAGAUGUUUGUCUAGACCAAGGCCCACAGGAGAAUCACACAGCUAUAAUGUAUCCGUGCCAUGGAUGGGGCCCUCAGCUUGGGAGAUAUACAAAGGAAGGCUACCUCCAUCUGGGUACUCUAGGGAGCACAAUUCUCUUACCCGAUACUCGCUGUUUAGUGGAUAAUAAGAAAAGUAAAUUUCCCCAACUUAUGGAUUGUGAUAAAGUAAAAAGCACACUUCAUAAACGCUGGAGCUUUAUACAGAAUGGAGCAAUAAUGAAUAAAGGUACAGGACGCUGCCUAGAAGUUGAAAACAGGGGUAAUGCAGGAAUAGAUUUGAUUCUUCGGAGCUGUACAGGACAAAGGUGGACCAUUAAAAACUUCAUCAAAUAGAAAAAGGAAGCGUGGUGUGAUCUGUCAUCUGGAGAUAUUAUAGACUUGAUCUCUUUCUUUAAGAGAUAUUACUACAGAAUCAACUCUUGGAGUUUAUUUCAUGUCUUCUACUGUGGAGCGGGUCAAAAGUUUUUUUUUUUUUCUUCAGGAAUUAAUUUAACAGCAACCAUUGAAUUUAUUCUUUGGGAUUAAAAUGAUCCAGUACCAAAUGAUUCAUUUUGCAUGCUUGAUUCUUAGUUUAAUGAAAUCAAAGCUCUGUGACCUAACAUGAAAUUCAUUGGAUAUAUCAGCACAAAGAAAAUCGAUACAGAAGAAACAGAUUGUCUUUUAUGCAUCAAUUAUUCUUUUUAAUAUAGAUUAUUUGCACUUCAGAGAAUACGCUUCUUAUUAAUAAAGUGUUCCCAAACCUUUGACUGUGGAGCCACAUGUGGCUUUUGGGCCUCUUGCAUGUGGAAACCCAGCUGUUGGUAGUUCUGUUGUAUACUAGUUGCACCAGGGAUAUCAAUGCAUUACUGAAACGUGUUACUUGAUAUGAAACCACCAUAACACUUGGUCAUGUAGCUAAUAAUUUGUAUGAAAUGAUUACUAGAUCAACAUGUUCUUUACAUAACUUUACAGGAAAGGGAAAAGAAAAAGCUUGUGUAGUAUAGCAGAAUAAUGGUAUGUUGUGGUAUAGCUCUUCAAAGUGGGGGUAUUAUUAUAUCCAUGAGUGGGAUCCUUAUUCAAAGGAAAUGGACCGAUUUGAGAAUAUGUAACAGCAGAUAAAGCAACAUCAAAGGGAAUCCACACAGAUCUUUCCAAAUCUUGGUGACCUUAACUUUUAGUAUCCUCCCCCUUCUCAAAAAAAAGAGGCAACUACUCACAUUUUUCAUACCUACAGAUAUCAUCUCUUUGAGAGAUUAAGCAAUGCAUGGGUGAUAAGACUCCAUACUUCUCCUCAAGGAGACAUACUAACAACCCCCCCCCAAGUCCCACUUUUACAUUAAACAUUCACCAUUAGCAUUGUGACUGGUGCUCUAAGCAAAAGCUGGUAUCCAAGAAAAAUAAAUAAUGCAAUAUUAAUAUUUACCUAAAAGUCCUUUAUGGAAUUAAAUAAAAUCCGUUUUUUAAAGAACACAGUUCUGACACCAAAUCAAAUCCUAGGGAUAAUGUGAAGUGUGUUCAGUUAAUGAAUCACAUUUUUAUUAUUUAGCUGUGUGUUUGUAGAAAUGACUGAAAGCCAAAAAAAAACAAGCUUCAUUAAAUUGUCUAACUUUAAAACCAGUCGUAGUUUAUAGUUCUGCCAUUCUUUCUUCUAAACUGUAUAAUCUCAGUUUAGCCUAUAAUGCAAUGUAACCAAAGGUAUUAGAAUUUGAAAUUGGGACUUGACCUAUCUGAAUGUGGUUUAGAGCUAUGGUGUUAUAAAAUGAAGCUGUGCCUUCUACGCUAUACUGUCAAAUGUUGUCAUUGAAGAUAACUGCUGAUCAGUAAAGAAACGGGGCAGGUACACAAAGUAGUAAAUCUAAGGUGUGUGCAUUGCAGUUACUAGGCAUUUAACAUUAUACUGUAUUGAUGCCAUCAUAGCAAAUGUUGACUGGUUGAAACUUCAUCUAAAUAAAAACAUUGCAAACUAGGAGCUUCAAAUUGUAAAAAAAAAUGUUGUUUUUAUUGGUUUGGAAAUCCGGUACCGUCUAAUCUACAGGCUUGCUAAGCAUGUUUUUAUUUGUUUUAUAAACAUGUCAUGCGUAUAUGUAUUGAUUUCAAUGAAACUGGAAUAAAAAAAGAAUCACUCCUCACAAAUAAAAAAAGAAAACAUUA